UUGCACUCUAAACUACAACUCCCUUAAAGCACCUAUGGCCUCACUGCGCAGACUCAGCUCUGUUUAUUUGGUACUCAAACAGCUAGGAGGAAGCUCCGUUAAGGAAUUGACCAGAAAAAGGUGUAAUGGCCCGGUGAUGUGUUCGUGUCCCUGACCCGAGGAGUGAAGAGACACCCAGGACUCUGUGUCAAGAGCAGUGCCCCGCCAUGACCGAGUGCUUCCUGCCCCCCAGUAGCAGCCCAGCGGAGGUUCGUCGGGCGGAGCACCCGGGAGGGGUGGCUCGUACCCCCAGCUCGGAGGAGAUCAGCCCCACCAAGUUCCCCGGACUGUACAGGACGGGCGAGCCCUCGCCCCCCCACGACGGACACCACCACCAUGAGGUCAUCGACGCCGUGUCGGAUGAUGAUAAAGAACACGGGAAGAAGAAGAACAAGUUCAAGAAGAAGGAGAAGAGGACGGAGGGAUACGCAGCCUUCCAGGAGGACAGCUCGGCGGACGAGGCAGAGAGCCCCUCCAAGAUGAAACGGUCAAAGGGAAUUCACGUGUUUAAGAAACCCAGCUUCUCCAAGAAGAAAGACUUCAAGGUGAAGGAGAAGUGUCCCAAGGAGGACAAGAAAGACAAGAAGUCUAAAGACCUGACUGCAGCAGACGUGGUAAAACAGUGGAAGGAGAAGAAGAAGAAGAAGAAGCCCGCGGCCGAGCCGGAGCCUGUCCCCGUGGAGAUGCCUACAUUCAGACCCAUCUUCGGUGCUCCCCUGGCUGAGGCAGUGAAAAGAACAGCCCUGUACGACGGGAUCCAGCUCCCUGCAGUCUUCAGAGAGUGUAUCGACUACAUCGAGAGCUACGGAAUGAGGUGUGAAGGAAUCUACCGUGUGUCAGGUAUGAAGUCUAAAGUGGAUGAGCUGAAGGCAUCGUAUGACCGCGAGGAGUGUCCAUGCUUGGAAGAGUAUGACCCUCACACCGUAGCUAGCCUGUUGAAGCAGUACCUCCGAGAACUUCCUGAGAACAUUCUGGGGCGAGACCUGGCUCAACGCUUUGAGGACGCCUGCAGUAGACCGGCUGAGGCUGAGAAGGUGGCAGAGUUCCAGCGUCUCUUAACGGAGGUGCCCCCCGGCAGCCGUCUGCUCCUGUCCUGGCUGGUCACUCACAUGGACCAUGUUAUCACAAGAGAGACCGACACCAAGAUGAAUAUCCAGAAUAUAUCCAUCGUACUCAACCCCACUGUACAGAUUGGUAACAGGGUCCUGUACAUGUUCUUCACCCACGUGAGAGAGCUGUUUGGGGACGUGUUUCUGAGGCCCGUAUCCCGUCCCCUCCGCUGGUCCAAUGCUGCCACCAUGCCGGCCCUGCCAGAGACACAGGACAGCAUCAAGGAGGAGAUACGACGACAGGAGUUCCUGCUGAACUGCCUUCACAGAGACCUCCAGGCUGGGGUGAAGGAUCUGUCUAAAGAAGAGAGGCUCUGGGAGGUCCAACGAAUCCUCACCGCUUUAAAACGCAAACUACGGGAGGCGAAGAGACAGGAGUGUGAGACUAAGAUAGCCCAGGAGAUAGCCAGUCUCUCUAAAGAAGAUGUUUCUAAAGAAGAGAUGACUGAGAAUGAAGAAGAGGUGGUCAACAUACUGCUGGCACAGGAGAAUGAGAUCCUGACAGAGCAGGAGGAGCUGAUAUCUCUGGAGCAGGUGUUGAGGAGACAGAUCGCUACAGAGAAGGAGGAGAUCGAGAGACUGAGGGCCGAGAUCGCUGACAUACAGAGUCGUCAACAGGGUCGCAGUGAGACAGAGGAGUACUCUUCAGACAGCGAGAGUGAGAGCGAAGACGAGGAGGAACUACAGAUGAUCCUGGAAGAGCUGCACAAACAGAACGAAGAACUGGAGAACAAGAACACCCACUUCAACCAGGCCAUCCACGAGGAGCAGGAAGCCAUCUUGGAACUGCGCGUUCAGCUCCGCCUCCUCCAGACCCACAAGCUACAGGAGCUGACAGCCCCACCUCCAGCAGAACAGGCUCCGCCCAUACAGCCCAGCCCCGAGGCGAGGAGCGAGGAGCAGACCAAACGUUCCGUAGCUGCCGUGGUUUCCCCUGCAACAGCAGAGCCAGUGGUGGUCGAAGCUAAGAACGGGAAAGCUACCACCACCAAGGAUCCCCCUAAACCUUCCCCUAGUAAAGAUAGGAGGGAGACCAACCUGUGAGCUCCUCUCCAGCUCUACACAUCCCUCUCCAUCUCUCCCUGGCCUCUAUCCAUCUCUCCCUGGUCUCUAUUCAUCUCUCCCUGGUCUCUCUCCCUGGUCUCUCUCCAUCUCUCCCUGGCCUCUAUCCAUCUCUCCCUGGCCUCUAUCCAUCUCUCCCUGGUCUCUCUCCCUCUCUCCCUGGUCUCUCUCCAUCUCUCCCUGGUCUCUCUCCAUCUCUCCCUGGUCUCUCUCCAUCUCCCUGGCCUCUAUCCAUCUCUCCCUGGUCUCUAUCCAUCUCUCCCUGGCCUCUAUUCAUCUCUCCCUGGCCUCUAUUCAUCUCUCCAUCUCUCCCUGGUCUCUAUCCAUCUCUCCUGGACUCUAUUCAUCCCUCUCCCCCUCUUUCCCUGGGAUCCAUCCAUCUCUCCCCUUCUCCCUGGCCAAACGAGGAGGAGAGGAGGAGGUAGGAGAGGAGGAGUGAGGCUACUAAUGAAGGACGAGGUAGGCUCCAGGUCCUAUAUUCACAAAGCGUCUCACAGUAGGAGUGCUGAUCUCAGAUCAGAUCCUCUCUGUCCAUGUAGUUCUUAUUCACAACAAUCUAAAAGGCUACACUGAUCCUAGAUCAGCACUCAUACUAUAAAUGAUAGAAAAGCAUCUUAGAUGACAGCUUUUUAAUAUGGCCCAUGUUAAAAUAACAACAUUAAAAACAACUCCACUUAAUGCUUGGCUUUACCAAUCCUGCACCAAUCCUGCACCAAUCCUGCACCAAUCCUGCACCAAUCCUGCACCAAUCCUGUACCAAUCCUGCACCAAUCCUGCACCAAUCCUGCACCAAUCCUGCACCAAUCCUUUACCAGUCCUGCACCAGUCCUGCACCAAUCAUGAAUGGAAUGGAUCCUCUGUGCCAUAAUAACUGAGAGAGAGAGAGACACACGGGUCUGUUGGGUCGAUAGAACCACUAAAGACAACAUUAAAGAGAGAUGUCAAACUUUUUUUUUUUUACAACUUCAUAUUCAUCAUCUCCAUCACCACCUCAACAUCAACGUGUGAGAAAAUGUCGCGUUUCUAUUGUUGUUGUUGUUGUUGUAGUAAACAAUAUAAUUACGAGCGUUGCCAAUGACAUGCAAGGGCUCCUCCAUAAUUGUUUAAAAUCACAUGAUGCACACUGAUGAUGUCAUUGGAAACACUUGUCUUCUUCUUCUUCUUUUUUAAAGAAAGGCUUCAUUUACACACAUGUUGAUGUUGGUGCUGCAUGAUGAAUAUAAAUAUUUGGAAACAUUAAUACAUUUUAUUUAUUUAUUAUUUUUAUUUUUUAUUUAACUGACUUGCCUAGUUAAAUAAAGGUUAAGAACAAAUUCUUAUUUACAAAAUGACGGCCUAGGAACGGUGGGUUAACUGCCUUGUUCAGGGGCAGAACGAUAGAUUUUUUACCUUGUCAGCUCGGAGGAUUCCAUCUUGCAACCUUCCGGUUACUGGCCCAAUGCUCUAACCACUAGGCUUACCCUGCCGAUUAGUGUAUCUAUCUAUUAUAUAUUUACAUAAUACUCUGGUAGAUAUUGGUGAUUGGUCUAUCUAUAUAUUUACAUAAUACGCUGGUAGAUAUUGGGAGAAGACUAAUCCUUGCUAAUAGAAUAUGUUUAAAUGUACCUACCUGAUGUCAUUUAUUCAGUAAUAUAAUAUAUAGGAGAUGAUGGUAAGCUGAAGAAGCAGCACGAACAUGUCAACUUUACUGAGCACUGCUGUGCCUGUUAAUACAAACCUGUUGAAUGAUCCACAGAACACAUUCAGAACCCAAAGAGAUAAGCAUUACGAAAUGCUUAUGUAGUGCUUAUGAAUGUUUUAUGGAUGGGUUAUGAAUGUGUUAUGAAGUCCUUAUGUUGGUAGUACCCUUCAAGUAAAAUGUUGCUUGCCUUUUUCCAUAUUCAUAAUUUACAUCUCUUAUUGACAGAGGGUCAGAAGGACUGGGUUGUGUUCAUUUGGGCACCAAACGGAAGAAAACAAAUUUGAAAACUGGGUGGCACUAACUUGUUCAAUGAGAAAUGCACAUUUUUUUCUCUUUCCGUUGCAAAACGUUUUUUUUUUCUUCAUUCUGUGCCCUAAUAAACAAGAGCUUGUUAUAAGUGGGCGCAAGUCAACAUUAUAAGUCAGUCAUUACAGAAUACAUUGUCUAUGACCAUUGGAACAAUGGAAACAUGCUACUUUACCUGUCGUUGUCAAUUUGUGAUGGGUGAAAGCGAAGGACAUUAAGACGGCACAGCAGGAUGUACAUUAUUGUAAAAUGUAAAGCAUACUGUAUUUUCAACUCUUAUGUUGUUUUUCGGCAUUUUUAAUUUUUUGGUGUUGACGUAAGUAAUGAUCUGAAUUAUCUGAAGGAAGUAUGACCGCGCUCUGUUCUACUGCGUUGGAACGUGUUGGUCUGAGAAAAUCCUGUUGCCGGGGAAAUGUGAUUUUUAGAAAUGUUAUCGUUUAUUAACGAAUCUGUUACGAUUGAAAUGGAUAUGACUCGUAACUGUGGUUUCAUCUUCGCCAUAAGGUUAUUUUCAUAUUGUUAAAGGCUUUCGUAGCUUCCAAUGCCAGUUGAAAAAUAAAGGUGUAGAACUGAA